ACAAAGAAACGUAUAACAAUACGUACAUACUACGAACUAUAAUUUUCAUAUGAUUAUUUUCCUGUUCAUCUAUUUAAUUUCAUUUGGGAAACUUUUUACGUUGUGUGUAUCUAUUACCCAUCUAAGGUAAUUCAUUACCAGUCUAACCAGAAUAAAAAUUACUGACCGUCUAUUAUUUUAACGUAACAUUUUAAUCAAAACAUUCGAAUCCACAGUAGGCCAUCAUUAAUGAGUGAGUCAAGUGCAGAAACUGGUGCCAGUGCCGUGUUUGGUGCUGGUGCUGCCCCGCUCAGUAUGUACGUGGUGAGAACAGUUUCAGAGGGCGGCCAAAAUGCGGUGUCAUUGGGGGAACCGCUUGAACUACGCAUUGAGACUUCUGAUGAUACCGAAAUAGAAGCGUAUCACUUGGUCGCUUCUUCGAGAUUGGGCGAUAGUUCUGUGCUACUUCUUGAUAGUAGAGGUUGCCCAACGGGACAGGUAGACUUUCCAUCUUUUACCCGUUCAUAUGUGGGCAACACGCAGCGUCUAUCAUCACGUUUCAAAGCCUUCCGUUUCCCCAACUCACAUGUCGUAAGGUUCGCCAUUAUGGUGCGAUUCUGCGAAAACAAAUGUGUUCCGGUCAAUUGUGGUGUAAGAAGUUCCCGGCAGACGAAUGGCACGAUCGAUCGUAAUGAUAGUGCGUUUGCAGCAACGGUGAGACAAGAAACAGCAUGGAAUCCCAAUCUGGUAGCGCAGGGAGGGUCGUCAGCGCUGUGUGCAGGCGGUGUUGGGCGGGUGCCCCUCGAGCUCGAGAUGGUCGUGGGCGCGAGGGACAUCCUCUCCGCUGACACGCUUGUGCGAGCUGAUCAUCGGUCCUCUUUAGCUGAAACUACAAAAUUAGGUGAUAGCGCAAUGGUGUGCGUGCAUGAAUUAUUGUUAGUAGCCCUGGCGCUGGCGUGGCUCGCCGUGCAAGUCCUUCUCUUGUUGGGCUGCUGUGUGCUUGUCAAGAGAUAUAGGAAUCUAGCUGAAAUGAACAUGCAGAAAGACUAUCAUUCAUUUGACAAUAUCGGCUUUGAUACCGGUUCGACUCACCGUCGCGUGCAUUGGCCGGAUCAGAAUAUCGAUAUAUUGCAUGCCACAUGAUAUACAAUAUGUAUUUUAAUUUAAUUAGUCACCACUCUUAUUCUGUAAUUUUCGAUAAAUUUGUUACUUCAUUGACGUUUUACAUUUAUAAUUUUGAUUUAAAUAUGUAAGUUAUAAAUAAUUUAAGUUACUUCAAAUUUAUGUAUAAUGAGUAAAACCACUUACAAACAUUAUAUUUUUACUCUUUGCUAUAUUGCAGUGUUUAGAGAGACUCCCUAAGAGCCGGUGCUGUAUGUUGAUACAGUAUUACGAUAACUCAAUUUUUCCUAAGAAUUUUACUGUUAUAAAAAAUUUUCACCUUCACAGGAAGAAUAGGUUUCUUAAAUGGAAAAUGUAUUCAAAUGAAAGAAUAUGAUUUGCAUUUGUAUACCUCUAUUAUUGAAUAUUUUGGUUCAUUUGGCCACACCGGUAUUUGUAGAUUCACGGCCAUUCCUUAUAUAGAAACUAUUGGAGCGUGUACUUGACUGACAUUGUGCAUAGUAGUGUCAUUGUAAACAUUGGCCUUCCGCGGUUUUGUAGGCAUGUUAAAAAUUGCUUAAUUAAUUAAAAAUUAUUUUCCUAGCAUAAUUUAAAUCAAGUGUAAAUUGUGAGUCGAGAGACUCAAAUAAUAAUACUUAAUUGAAAAAAUGCAAAUAGAAUAUUUAUUUGUAGGUGAAAAGAUUGACGGAAAAAAUAACUGAAUUUAACCCAUUUUUUAUUCCGAAUAAAAAUAAUUUUUUUUGUUAAUAGUGUUCACUUUUGUUGCUUAAAUCGUUCGUUAGCAUUUGUAUGAUGCUAUAGAUAGCUUUAUCUUUAUAUGUCGCUUGACAUAGAAAAAUUAUUUUAUACAAAAAAAUAAACCGCCGAUCAUAUCCGA